CCAGCUGUUAUUUCUCUUUCUCUCUCCGCCCCUCUUUUCCUUCUAUAUAAUCAACGCCUCUUCCUACCAUCAAAAACCUCUUCCAACACUCGUUUCUAAUCCCUCCUUUAUUUCUUUCUUGCUCUGUUUUGAUUUCUUCUUAUAUUAUUUUGUAAUUUUGAUGCAUGGAUGUUAGAGAUUAAUGUCUCCUGUUCUCUGUGAAAUCCUCCGUUCCGGGUUUAUGAUAAAUUCCUCCCUCAUCCGCCGCACCCAUCUUGUUCAAUCUUUCUCCGUCGUCUUCCUUUACUGGUUUUACGUUUUCUCAGAAGACAGCCUCCAUUCCCAGCUAGAUCCAGCUACUUAAUUAAUUCUUAUUUUUUCAACUUUCUUAUUCAGUUUUCUCUAAGAUAUAAAUCAAAUCCCCAAAACCCAUGGCUUCUUCAAGCGGAAAUUCAUCUGGGUCGACACAGAUCCACCACUCCGGAUCCGAUGACGGCAUGAUGGACCAGAGGAAGAGGAAGAGGAUGGAAUCAAACCGCGAAUCGGCACGCAGAUCAAGGAUGCGGAAACAGAAGCAUAUGGAUGAUCUUAUGAAUCAAGCCAACAACCUCAAGAACAAUAACGCCCAGAUCUUGACUACCAUCGAUGUAACCACACAGCGAUUUGUUCAAAUCGAAGCAGAGAACUCCGUUUUGAGGGCUCAGGUAAGCGAGCUCAGCCAGAGACUAGAUUCCCUCAACGAGAUCUUGAAUUACAUCAACACAAGUACCAAUUGUACAACCACUCAAUGCACUAAUGGGUUGUUUGAGUUUGAUUUCGUGGAUAAUCCAUGGAACAUGAUGUAUCUUAAUCAACCAACUAUCAUGCCUUCUACUGCCGAUAUGGUUGGGUACUAGCUUAGUAUCGAUUGCACAAUUUGUUAGGUUUUUUUUUAAUGGUUUUGUGGGGGUUAUGAUUGGCAUAUCAUGAACUAUUAUUGGAUCUAGGAAUCAAUGAAUGUAUUUUAAUAUUUUUA